AUGUCCCAUUGCUCUGUUGAAGAGCUGCGUACAAGUUUAACAAAUGCUACGAAAGAGACUCACAGCCUAUGGGAGGAGAAUAAAGAUUUGCAGGGGCGAUUCGUGAAUGAUCUAAAUGAAAUAUCUCGGAUACAGCAAGCAAUUGCGCAACUGGAGAGAGAACAUCGCCAAGAUCAGUUGCAACAUGCCCGGCAUUCAAUGACGGAAAUGCAAAGACGAGCUUCACAGUUGUACUCAGUUUUAACAACUAAAAGAGAGGAAAUCGUCAAGAAAUUAAACGACGGAACGAAUUUUGUUGCCCUGUUGCAGAAUCAGCUAAUCAGUGAUCGCCUUUUUGACUGGAAAAAUCGCCAGAAAUUGGCACAGGUUGGUGUGCCGUUUGACAACCGAGACGUGACGCUAGAUGAGAUACAGAUGGAGUUCGAGUUUCUCGCGGAGCAAAACUGGCAGCUGCACAUGUUCGCUAGUUGGACACUGGAUCUUCUAACAAGAGGACCACAGAUCAACGACAACCAUGCUCAUUCGACUGCUUCGAACCUGACAACAUUGGCUGAUCAACUUACAAAGUUGCUGUUCAUGCUGAUUUCGCAAAGUUUUGUGGUUUCAGUACAACCAGAACCUGUGCUGAAGACGCAACACAAGUUUGUCACAGAGGUUCGUUUGCUGAUUGGGGAUAAAUUGGGCAUCCGACAGCAUCUGGUGAACACGAAUGUCACCGUCAAAAUUAUUGCAGAGGAAGAGGCUAAGCUACUCAGUGCAACUCAAAUGAAUCACAAAGACAUUAAGACUGUGGGAAGUAUCAGUAAUGACUAUGAGAAAAUGACAAUGGACGAAAGAGGUCAUAUGGCUGCUAAAUUCAACAAUUCGAAACUGACGCGCAUAGCACAUCGGAAGCCCCCACCUAAAGGAACAGCAGCAGAUAUGAAAUGCGCCGUCAGUGCUCAAGCAGCUACCGAUCAGAAAUACGCUCUUCUUUUUCAUAUAAGCCCAUUUCAGCUCGGAACUCUCGGAAAAUUCGACGUAUGGACAUUAUCGCUUCCACUCAUGGUAACAGUACACGGUUCGCAGGACUGCGAUGCACAAGGAGCGAUUGUUUGGCACCGUGCAUUCGCUUCAGUGUCACGCUCACCUGGUACCACCGAUAUCACUGCGGUGGCAUGGAAGGAUCUUGGCCACGUUCUUCGCCACAAGUUCACGUUGUUCACUGGAGCACGUCGACCAUUAUCUGAUGCAGACCUUAACUACCUCUCUGAAAAAUUGCUUGUUCCGAACGUUCCUGAUCAAAAACCAAUCACCUUUCACCGCUUCGCGAAGCAAAAUCUCCGCGAUGAUGUCUCUUUUUCGUUUUGGGAAUGGUUUUUUGCAAUUAUGCAGCUCAUCAAGCAAAAGCUACUGAAAUUCUGGGAUGAAGGGUGGUUGGUGGGAUUUAUAUCAAAGCAUGACGCUUCACAAUCCAUGAUGAUGUCAAACCAUCCAACAUUUUUGUUACGAUUCAGCGAUACGCAGACAGGCGCAGUAAGCAUCGGAUUUGUGUGUGAGGAUGAUGAUGGUCAAAAAGUACCAUUUCAUCUGGCACCGUUUUCUAUCAAGGAUCUUGACCAGCUUUCUCUAGCUCAACGCAUUGCCAGUUGCCCUCAACUGAAGGAGAUUAAAUAUCUUUAUCCUCACAUGGACAAGGAUGAGAUGCUGCGGUAUUUCGACAGCGAGGAGCGCAAUCGCGGUGGACCAGAUAGUCCAACGGGAUACAUCCAGUCUGAAAUAGUAAUGGUCGCGAAGACUACUAAUAAGCCGUCGUCGUCUUCGGUUCUCAGUGGUGGAGAUUCACCGUCGCCUCUUUCUGUGCAAUCAAAGCUGGACUGGUCUCCUGGGGAAGUGAUCCAACCGAUUCAAUCGAUGGAUGUCAGUGACGAUCUCGCAUCGAUGCUAUCAUCGUCUGGCCUCGAUAGCUGCAGUGGUCAAGGGGACGUCGAAUCACUUCUCGGCCCUGGUUUCAGGCCACAGUUACCUUCUCAACCUCUGCAGCAUAUUGACUUGUCGUUCGUUGACUCUUAUAGUAAUCCGGCGUUCUAUCGGCAUGACUAG